UGGAGGGUUUUCAAUGGCCAACUUGACUGAUUAACUGACCCUGUGGAAUUUUAGCUCAGCUCCUCAGAGAUUUGGAAGCUCCUCACAAGCAAAGAUGAAGGUAGAUGAAGACCUCUGGAUCAAUUUUAAAGAGCAUGAACUUAUACAGUGAAAGAGAAAGCAGGAGGAAAAAAGAAGGAGAGGGUACAAACAGAAACAAACCAUUGGCACAGAGCCAGAACAGACAGGUGAGCCUGUAUGGAGAAGUGGAAGUCCGUGGGAGUGAAGACUUGCUGGCGUGAAGAUCACUGGAGAGGGAGACCGCUGGAGAGGGAGACCGCUGGGGUUGUGCAGAGUCGCAUGGGGAGUCCUUGUAUCAACGAGUUCAGACAACUGACUGAGACAGACAGAUGAGGUUUUCCACUCAACCUGCAGAUAGAUGUGGAAGCUGCUGCUGCUCUCACUGCAUGAGGAAGCUGGAUAGAUCAGCCUGGAGCCAGACGGCAGCAGCAUGCCACCUUAACCAGCACUGAGUUGUCCACCUUUGUCCAUUUCUCUACAAUCCGGUCUCUCCACUUGGUGAAGAUGUAGUCUGUUUGAUCUCUAUGGAGAUGUCUCUAAACACAGUCUCCUCUGCCUCGUUGCCAUGGUCACUGUGGUUGCUGUUCUUCCUGACCCCCGUCACCCAGACAACAAGUUCUGCCCCCACAUCUGAAACGUCUCUGCCGGUCAAUACCACGCUGUUGUUCGACAGUGGCAUCCCAGGCUACAACCUGCGGAACUGCAGCUGCUCUACCCCCGUCCGGGACUGCAACGAGGCUCUGGCCAACUCACUGUGCAGAUGCCACACCGUUUUGCGCUCCGCUCUGCCCCCUGCUGGGCUCAGAGAGCGUGGACGCCUCACUGUCUGGGUGAAGGAGCUCUGGGUCCUGGAAGAGCUGCUGAACAGGAGCAUGGUUGGCCAUUUGCAGUUGUCAUUUUGUGGAAUAAAACAAAUGGACAGUCAGUACCUGGCUCUGCUAGGUCUACAGACCCUCAGGAUCCACAGCGCAGCCCCAGAAGCUUCUUACCCUAACCAGGAAAUUACGGUCUCCCCUGCAGCAGGGGUUGCAGCGGAGCUAGAGGCCCUCUCCUUUGACUUUUCCUCCUCCUUCCACGUGACUUUUCUGGAUGUAGCAGUGCUCAACGGGCUCUCUGCCCUAAAGGCAUACAGUGUGGUGGGACCACCUGCUCACAACCUCUCCCAGACCUUCCCCCACCUGGCCUUGCCUCUAGCUCUGCUAUCCCCCGCAGACCCCAGUGAGCAGGCUGCAGAGCCUCUGCAGAACAUGCUUAUUACGUUUGUCUACUAACAACAACAAGUUCUCAUUCAAGGGCACGGUCAGGUGUGCAGUACAAGUGAUGAUGAUGCAGGAAUUAUACACAUCACAGAUGAUAAGAAAAUACAGGCAGAGGGCAGGGUUUCUGCAGAUACAGACACCACCACACACUUCUAGUGGGUCAUAAGUGAUGACUGAGAGGGAUUCUUUUUGUAUGAGUCUGUACAUUGUUUUUUUAGGAAAAUCCUAUUCAUUAUGCCUUUCAGGCACCCAAUAACUAAAUGUAUUAAGGCAGUCUUUAUAAGGAGUUUGAAAGUAGUAACUGAUGGCUUUAUAAAUGGUUAACAAAUCAUUUACUAAUGCUUUAUAGAACAUAGGGCAGUCACUUUAGUUAGGUUAAGUUAGGUUCGAACGAUUUCGAAACCAACACAUAAUUUGUUCGAAUUAACUCGAAUGCCCCCCUUAUAGCAUAAUGGGUGAGUCUAGGAUACAGUGAGCUGUGAUUGUCACAUAAGCGUGUGUCACCAGCGAUGUCCAUCCAUCGGUGCUCAAAGAGUGUCUUACUCUUCAGUAUAGUAUAUAUAUUUUCCCGUGUGGUGCAACUGCACUAUAUGUCGUGGCAUUGUGGUGUGACUUGGAAUUUUAUAUUGUGGCUCCAGUUCUGCCAUUAACCUGACAACCUUCUCCUGAAACAAUGCCAAUGGGCCACAUAUCCUGCAUAUAAACCUUGCUAUCUUAACGGUGAUGUCCUUUGUCAGACGAGGUUGUAUAGUCGACGUUGCUCCACUCGUUCCUGCAGCUAGCAGGUGAGUCCUCAGAUGUGUUGUCACUGUAAGUUAAGGCAGUUGCUUUUCCAAAGUCUGCAAACAGCCUCAUAUUUGUUGGGAAUUUUGCCAUCAACAGAGUAGAACCCAAAAUACUUUGGCGUGGUGAUUUUUCGAUCAGCACAGCUUUGCUCGCUAUUGUCCUCCUCCAUUUUUAUUGAUUAGCUUAGUUUACUGAUAGGGCAUGCGAUAGGUCGAGCUGAUGGUGACUUUUAAGAGCGCCCUCUGCUGGACCACAAGGCAAAGUACAUAAAACACUCAAAAAACACCAAAUUUGAACCAUUAAAAAAAUGCUCAUUGGUAUCUUACUUUCUAAUAUACCAUAUAAAGCAUUAGUAAAUUAUUUAUUAACAAUUAAUAAAGCCAUUAGUUAUAACUAGAACAGAAAAUGGCACUGAAGGGGUAAAAACAAGCCAAAGGGAUUUUAACAACCUGGCAUCCCAAAACUUGUACUUAUUAAUGGCUUUUAAGUGAUCCAUAAAUCAAUAGUAAUGUAUUAGCCAUUAAUAAAGCCAUUAAUUACAGAUUGCAAACCCUUUAAAAAGCGUGCCCUAUUAGAAAAUGGUACCCACAUAUAUUUGUAGGGAUGAAUGACUCAAUGGAAAAGGAGCUUAUACAGGUACAGGAAAAGCAAGCAGUAAAUGGAAUGAAGAAUUAACAUGUCUCAGUAUUCAAGCUCCAGCUAUUGUGUCAAAGUUUUCAGUAGGCUGGGUGAGAGCUAACACCUUUUACAGAUAACUCUUACAUGGAGUACUUAGUGACUCCCAAAAUCACUAGUCUGCAGAUGUGCUUGUAAACACUACUCUACGUGCACACAUAAAACACCAUGUAGCUGGAAGCCACACAGGCUAUGGUUACACUUGACAUUUCAACAUUGAUUUUUGAGAUCACAUCGCUUUGUGUCCACAUCUGGCCCUGAAUACGUUUGUCUCCUGUGAGUUGUUUCUGUAUUUGAUCCAGAAGAUCUGACAGUGAUGUGAGCAUAAACUGGUUUUUGCAUAUCCAGACCUGUCACCAAAAACUUCCUGGUGUGAUCAGAUGACACACAGCGAUUGAACGUGUGACGAGUGUAACCGUAGCCACAACUGUCCAGACAGACUGUGGUCUAAUACGCCAUCUGCUAGAACAAUAUCCAAGACAAACCACACGCCUGCUCCCAGAGAGGGAUGAGAUUUUCCAGAUCCCGCUCCCAACUGCCAAGUGGGUGUUAGUGCUUUAUCAUCUGCCCCCAUCCAGGUGUUGUCAGAUACAUCAGGGCAGCUGGAUAGGAUGGACAGUAGGGAGGAGGCCUUUGACCAGACUUUGGCCGCUCCAAAUGACUGCAGAUGUUUCUUGAGUUUUACAUGUAGACGGGUGACAAAUUAAAGGAAAAAGCUGGAAUAAAUGAGUGGAGAAACAUAACAAGUCUUUUGGAAGAAUGGUGUUCAUCCUUCCAGUGGAGUUCUAGAGACUUGGAGAAUCUACGUUAUGGAGCAUUGAGGCUAGGCGUGGAUGACGAGAAUCCUGUCCCCAGCUUAAAACCAGGACUAGAUCUGCUAAGGGACCACCAGGGCAUCCCAGAGUCUUAUAAACUAACAGGGAGUCAGCACUUACAAACCAUUUAACGUCAUAAGACGUCAAAGUCAUCGACCAGGAGUCAGUGCAUGUCCGGAGAAAGAUCAAGGAGGACAUUCACAUCCAAUGCUAAAGCUCCCUCUUGAAGGGAGACAGGGGUAACGAUGAUCUCCUCCUUAUAUAUGACCCUAUGAAUUUCACUGGCAUUCAACGUUCAAUGUUCCCCUUGCUAAUAAGGACCAUUAGAUGAAACUUUCGAAAAAGCUAGUAAGUGGACCUUGACAUGAGACUGUUUUGUCACAUAUUCUAAUCCCACUAUCAAGAAUGAACUUCCAUGCCCAAGCAUUGAAGCUGUCAUUAAGGCAUGUGGCAGACACCUUACUAAGACACUUUAUGUUAGUUUUUACUUUAAUUUGUCACCCAUCUUUGCAUGGAGCAGACAUGACCAUUAAAGCUAGGGUAGGUAACGCUGGAGAAACUAGCAACAGACAGCUAGAUUUUGAAGGUAUCCAACCAAAAAUAUACCAACCCGCUCCCUUCAGGCCUCCCUCCCCCAAAACACAUUUUCAUGCGAAAUGAGUGCAUGGGCAGAGUGCGUGCAGGCAGGCAGGUAGGCCAGCCACCCGAAAUCAUUUGGGUUGAAUGAAAUGAUCGGAUGUGCUUAUUAUAGGCCUGCGAUAACCACAGACAGCCGAUUCUUUUCAUUUUUCCCCCCAGGGCCAUUGAUUUAUUGAUUGCUGUCGGGAUGUAAAUAGAAUUUCAACAAAUAUAACAAAAAAAUGCUUCUGAAAUACAUGAACUACCCUAACUUUAAACAGUCUAGGUCUAGAUUCCAGGACUGGUCAAACCAGAAUACACUUAAUUGGCCCAAUGGUGCCAGCCUUGGUAAACUGGUAAACUAGUCGUUAAGGUGAAGGAUUUUAGUUGUGUUUUCUGUUAGCGGGAUGAAUACAGCUGUUUGCUUUACACUUUUUUUGCUUAAUGAAAAGGACAAGAUAUCUUCACUCUUAGUGAGGUGAAUAUUUGACUGCUACAACAGCACAAAGACCAUGGGUUGUGGUGAUUUUUUUCGCAAGGCUGCAUUACCAGCUGGGCAAAGCAGGCAACUACAUGGCAAUUAAUAAAUGGUGUUUUGAUUAAACACAAAUUUGUUUGAUAAUAAAUCUAGUUUUUAUACCCUAUAUUUCAGUUGAUAUUGUGCUUACUGUGGUGCAUAUCCUUGCCUAUACAUUUGUGUUAAAUCAAAUGAUCAAAAAUUAACUGACAUACAGAAAAGGCAAGGAUCCCAGCAUAGAAAUACCUGUUUGUUUCUGGGACUGCGGAAAAUGGGUUAGGGGCACUUUUGAGUCGGGGUUGUUCGACAGGGGCCCCUAGCCCUUUUAUUCCCCCAUAGAUGGUUAAUCUGGCCCCUAAUGGGUGACAGGAUGUCUACCCACCCACCCAAUAAACUCUAAAGGGCCUUUUAGAUUUCUGGGUUACGUAAUCUGCUCUUUUAACAGCAUUUUUAUGGGUGGUUUGCAACAUACCUAUGUUGAAAUACCGUACAGUACAGUCUCAAUGAAUGAGGUGCUGUGGGAAACGGAGAAAACAAAAGGACAAAUUCCUGCUUCAGGGAUCAAUAGCACAUAAUACAAAAAAACAAGAUGUACUGGGGCAGCUGACUGCAGUGAACACUGGCUGGAACCAAUCCACACAAUCCAGAGUGGGGUCAGAGUCUGCGCCAGAGCUGGAUGAUACUAUUGUGUCUGGGAGGGAGCUUUGAGUGUUAUGCUGUUUUGUUGAGGACAUAUUAAAAAGUAAAUUAUAGUAACAGCUGUCUGUUGUUAAGAUAUAAGUACAACUGCCCAUGGCAAAAAGAUAGAAGAAUGUAUAAAUAAACAAAAAAAGUGAAAGACAAGGACUGCUGUGGUAUGAGCUGACGGAGAGGCGCAGCAGGCUGCGAUCUGCAGCUGCGUUUUUCCAGCUGGCCUUAUUGCGUGCAGAUGGCCUAAUAAAACAAGUUGUUUUGAAACAGAAUAAAAUGGAUGCCCAAAGUACAAGAGUUCCAGGAUUAGGAUCCUCUCUCACCAGCCAACAAAUCGCACUCUGUUUUGAUCAAAACAAUGACUUUUAUUCUCUGUUGAGUUGUGCAGUCAAUAACCCACUUAAAGCCAAGUUGGCAGGGCCUUGUGAGGGAAGAGGGGGAAGUGAAAGAGAAAUUUGCUCAGAAUCAUGUCUCCCUUUCCAUCACUGGAAUCAUGUCCAAUCAAGUUGGACAUGAUACAGUUACUCUACAGCUGUUUGUCAGAAGUCACUCUGAAUUUUCCUGAACUUCUUGAAUGGUUUGUGUUUUUGUUUCUGGACAAUUUUUGCAGUCACUUUAACCAAAUGAGAGAGGAGUUGGAGGACAAUUUGAGUCAAAGUUGAAUAUGCAACAACUCUUUCUCUCUGGUUUCAUGCUCUCUUUCUCAUUCUGGUUCCAGUUCAUAUCCUGUGAGAGACUUUGUUAAAGCUGCUCUCACAAACACAAUCCGGGGCCAACACUUCUGUUCCGCAGAUCAUUCAAGGACCGUUCUGGGUCUGUGUGUGUGUGCACGCAUAUGCAAGCUUGCUGGUGUGAGCACAUGGGUGUGUCUUUGAGUGUGUGCAUGUGCUUGCAUUUAUCUCCCUUUCGCCAACAUCACAGUGAAUUUGUCACUCUAUAAUCCUAGUUCAUUUAGAUCAAAUGAUAGAAUCCAUCACUGUUGCACCAUAGUAGAUGCAAUGUGUUGCAGUACAUGUGUUGUAUAUAAUUCACUUAUGCACUGAUUAUGUGAACGGAAACACUCAAAGUUGCUACGAAAAAGGUUGUAUUACUGUGUUGUAAUACUUUACAACUUCAUAGUUUGCAGCAAAAUAAAUGCAGAUUGCAAUAUUAUACUGUAUAAACAUAACCUGUCAGGUGAAAAUAUGUCACAAAUAUCAACUUCUGCAGCACUUGAUUUUAAAAAUUGACUUCUAUCAAAGUUGAAGUGAAGUGAUUUAUUGGUCAUCUUUUUGAGUUUAUAUGGCUAUCAUGUUAAGAGUUGCUCAUCCAGCAGACACAGAACAUUAGCAUUCAUUAGCAGGCGUGUUUCUGUCUACAUGGCUAAUGUAAGUCCAAUAUUCACUCUCCUCCUUAGAAAAACAUCUGGCUCUUCAGCUUCCAGAUGCUCCACUUUCUUCACCAGCUAGUCUCCACCUUUGUCUGUCUGCUGUUUGCUGCUGAGCAGGUAGCUUAUGGUGGGUUUAUCUGAGCUCUUUUAAUGAAAACAGCUGUGGCCAAAAACUAUGCUAUGAGAGUGAAUCAAAACAGUAAAGCUAUGGGCCAAAAAACCAAAACAAUGAGCUGAAAGAUGCUAAAAAGCUCUGUAGAGCUGAGGGGAACUGCAAAGUUGGGUAGUAAUUCUUCAUAGAUUUGUUACUACAACCUACCCCACAAAGGCAUUUGAUAGAUUGCUAAUAAAAGAAAUAUUUAUUGUAGCAGCUUUGAACAAUAUUUAAUGUUAGCAUACAAAAAACUACAGCUUUCAUGAAGUUUUACCAGCGUGGCAGUGCACUUACUAUAAGUCACCGUAACUCCCUUAUCCAUGAUAUCACACCAAAGCUCUUCUGAAGUCAUCUUUCCAAAUGUUUAGCUGUAAUCUCUGCUGCUACCAUCUAUGUCAUUCAGCCUCGCCGUCCAUUCUCAUAGCUCACCACUCGACUAGUCUCAGUCUGUCAAACUGGUGACAUUUAAUUUGGGAUGGGAUCUGCUUGUGGGAAAUGGUUUUCAUAAAAGUCAGCUAAAAACAGUAUUAAGUAUUAAAAAACACAACUAUUUCAUUUUAUUUAAAUGUAGCAUUCCUUUUUAAACAAAUAGAGUGAAACACACAACAUACUGUUGAGUAAGGCUAUGUUCCAAGGCUGGCUGAAUGAGGCUUACACACUUCAGCUCUCUAUUUGGGCAAAAAAGGGUGAAUCUGAGGGAGAAUUAGCAGCAACCAUGCAUGGGCUGAGCAGGCAUGCUCCCAAAUAUAACUAGCUUUAACCCUUAACAUCUUCUUCAGAAAAAUGAUACACUUUAAUUGCCACUUGCGAUACACCUGAGACUUGAAAUCAGCCACUGAGACCGAAAUGUCUUGUGUAAAAAGGUACUGACUUAAGAAAAAAGUGGGAGUUUUUUCAUUCAUUUAAAUGUAGUUAUUCUUUUCUGGGAUAUUGUCACCAUCUAGUAGCCACCAAAGUGCAGUUAAAGGUGCUUAGUUUCAGCCCAUUCAUUUAAACAUACUUUAUCCUGAUCUUUUCACCUGUUGACAACAAUGUAAAGACCUUACUGUGUUAGUUCUUUCUUUGGUUUGAUGUGUACUUCUUUUGUUUUUUCCUGCCCUGUGACUGUCAGGCAGGGCUGCAUCCUGGCACUGAAUGCCUUUUCUUACUGUGUUUUUAACACAUGCUAUGGAAACAGGAUCUGGGGUCUGGCCUAAGAACACUCAUACCCCUCUUCUGAAACAAGACUUAACUGUGGCGUUCUUUGUUAAAUAGAAACACAUUUCAUUAUGCAACAAUCUGAAUUUAAUUUCUCUGUAACUCCUACGAGUGCCAUCUGGUUUAGAAAAUACAACCAAUGCCAAGUUAAUUUGUUCUGUAUAUAUAAAAGAGUUGGUACUGAAAGCUUCAACGCUCUCUCGACGCCUUCAGCACACCUUUUGGUUGCCUUUAAGCCAACAUUCACACCCAGUAUCAGCACAGGAACGGACAUCAGCAUUUUGUCAGAAAUCAGCCUUUAGUCACACCCAUCUGGUGAACGGGGUGAUUGCACACCUCCACAAGCCACCUUUUAAUGGUUUUUAGACAGGAUGUUUAGAACAGGCCGUGAGACUUUGUGCUAAUGCUCCCAUCAGCACACAUCUCACAGUCUUAAAACGUCUGGAACAUUCCAUCACUAAGUGGGUGAAAAUGAGAUCACUGGGUUUUUUGGGUUUGACUUCACUCUCGUGUUAGAGCCUCAACUUCCUUUUCUUUCUCUUCUUCUCUCUUGAUCUUCAUUACAGCACCUUAAGUACUUGCAUCAGGGAAUGUAAUUAUUCAAAUGUAAAACACAUAUUUGGUAUGAUUAUGUGUAACCCACGGCUAUGUGCCUUAAGACACACAUUGCAGAGCUGCAUUUUUACAACCUAAGGUUUGCCGUGAAUCAUGUUUAAAGAAUAGAUUGUGUUUUUGGAAAUGGCUUUGCAGGUUUGAUUUGUAUAUAAUUUGUCUAUUUAAGCAAAUUCUUGGAGCUUAUUUGUUUAUCAUGAAAAGACGACGUGGAUUGUUUCUUUUGUCCACAAACUGUCCCUCUGUAUAGUCUGAGAUAAUAAAAAAGUGUUUAAAAGGGG